AUGGAUAUAAAACCAGGGAGUCCUUAUGAUAUAAAUGGUGCAUGUUUUAACGCAGAUAUGUAUGUUAAAAAAGUACUAAAGGUAAUAGAAUAACAACUAUUAUAGCUUUUUAUUUUUAAUGCUUAAAAGUUAAAAUAUCUCCAACAUUAAAAAUCAAUUUCAUUAAAACUAAUAUAAAAUUUUAUAACUUAUUGUUAAAUUCUCUUUUCAUGCUUAAGAUCUAAAAUAAUAUUAAAUAUUUAGUCAAGAGAAUUUUAUAUGACUUCAUUAUGUAAUUGUACAUAUUGUGUAUAUUUUAAUUACAGUACUAAUUUGUCAUUUAUAAUUAUAAUUAGGAAUCAAAUUUAAAACAAGUAAUGGACCACGAAAGAGAAAUACAUCAAGAUAUACAAUCAUUACAUUCUGAUAUGCAGACUUUGGUGUAUGAAAAUUACAACAAAUUUAUUUUAGCUACAGAUACAAUUGGAAAAGUAACUUAUGAUUAAUUUGUAUUAUACUUAAGUCUUAAAUGACCAUUUUUAUUUGUGUCAUGAGUGUAUGAAAUGUUUCAAUUUAUAUUUAGAUUGUAAUUAUAUCGUUAAUCAAAAAUAUACAAAUAAGGUGUAAAUAAUUUUAUUUUUAUAGAUGAAAAAUGAUUUUAAAAAUCUUGAAGAAGAUAUGGAAAUGCUUUUAUCUAAAAUGGAUGAUAUUACUAAGUCAUCAGAAACAAUUACAUCAACCUUACAUGCAAGUGAAAAUUUUGUAGCAAAAUAUUAAAUACUAAAGUAUUUAUUUAUGUAUUUUAUAUCACAUUUAGGCCAAUAGAGAUGAAAUAUUAAAACUUUCAGAGACUCAUAAACUGUUAAAACGUUUUCAAUUUAUUUACACACUUCCAACCACAUUGAAUAAACUUUUACUCAAAGAAGAUUAUGCACAGGUAUGUUAAUAUUAACAGUGACUUAACCAGGAUUUCUCAAUGGCUCAAAAAAACCCAAAAUUACAAGUUUGUCUGUUGAAUGUUUAUUUCCUUUAUUACGUUUAUAAAUAUACAUCAUAGUUAAUUAUUGAAAUAUAAAAGUAAAGUAAUUUAAACGUGAAAUAAUUAUAAUAAAAAUUACAAAUACGGUCUAGAGGAGUGAAGACAUUUGCUCCACCAUUAAAUAUUAUUCUAUAUAUUUAUUAUACUUUAAUUUUAACUGCACUUUCCAAUGUGAAUACUUGUAUAUUAUUCUUUAUUCAUGUAAUAAAAAUUAUCAAUUUUUAUUUUAUAUACUUAUUGAAAAUUGUUUAUUAAUAAUGCGAUAAAAAAUGUAAGUUUAAGUUUUGAACUGAACCGAUUUUUAUGUAACAUCAUUUUUUCAAAUUCCUUAAUACAUGUUUUAUCAAUAUUAUGUAAAAGUAUUACAGUAUUAACAAUAAACAUUUAUAAUUGUAAUAUAUUUAUUUUGUUAGGUUGUUCAAGAAUAUUUACAUGCUCAGCGAGUUUUAACUCAAUAUGGAAAUCAAGAAUCUUUAAAAGGAAUACUUAACGAUUGUAACAAUAUAGUGAACGAACUAAUGCAAAUUUUAUAUAGUCAUUUGAGGGAUAAAGAUGUAAGUAUUUAUUUAUUUGCUAUUAUUAUUAAAUAGUUGUGUAAUAAAAAUAAUUGUAAGUGCAUGUGAUUAUUUUUUUAAUAUAUACUUGUGCAGAACAAGUUAUUGUUCAUUAAACCAAAUAAUAGAUGCACAUUAGAAAAUUCAUUGAUUUUUGUUACCAAUAUAGAAAUAUUUGGUUUUUUUUUAAGAAGUGUUAUUUAUACAUAAAAAUAUAAAACUAAAUAUAUAAUUAUUUCUCUAAAGCUAAUUUGAUUGAAUUACAACUUUAUAUUAUGUUUUAGAUUACUGGUAAAGAAUUAACAAAAUCUGUAGAUCUAUUGCUUCAACUUGAUGAGCCAGUUUUAUCAUUAUGUAAAGAAUUUUUAUUACAUUCAAAAAAUAGAUUAUUUGAAUCAUUAGAUGUUCUGCAAUUGCAAGUUGAAAAUUUAAAUCAAGUAAAUUUAGGUUAAAUUAUUUAAUAUUGAACUCUGUUCCAAAAGAGAAUAUACUGCUUUUGCGCAUAAUAACUGACGGCUAGCAACUAUUCAAAGUUCAAAGACCAAUUUUUUCUACUGUCAUCGAAAUGCACUCAUCGUGACCAGUGGUACCUGGUGGGAAAGUGUCGCCGCCAAACGAAAACUGUUCGCCAUUUAGUAUGUUAUCUUUUGGAAUAGAGUGUAGGUACAUGGUGUAGCAAAUGUAGCAAAAUCAAUGUGAUCUAGCACAUCUUGAAUCAAUAUUUUUUAAUUAAAAAUUAUAUUUAUUUGGACUUUUGAAGGCCCAGUCUCUUUUAAUUAUUCUCCUAAAAAUUAUACAUUCUAACAUGACAUAGUUUAAAGUAUUUUUAAAUGCUUUGGAAAUUAUAUUUAGCAAUGCAAUCAUAUUUGGCCUUAUGUUUUGUGAUUCAUAUCCGACUGAUUUCUCUAAAACAUUUCCAACUUAGGGUAAGGUUGCCAUACAUUUUCAAGUACGAGCUAGGAUAUUUACCAAAAUAAUUUCUAACAACUUUUUUUUUGUAAAUUAUUAUAUUAUAAAAUACCUUAGAUAAUACUAUAGAAUUAAAAUUGAUAAUAAUAAUUACCCAUUUUAACGUGUUUUUGUAACUCUGGUUUACUUAUAUCAUGUAUGGAAUUUAGUGCAAGCCUUCCUGAAAUUGCAUUUACAUUAAAUGAUCCUUUCAGCUGUUUUAAUUUGUAGAUUUUGUUUUUUGGUCCAUUUGACCCCUAUCAGUGAUACUAUCCUUUCAACAUUUGUGUUAUGGCACAAAAUUAAUGGCACACCAAAAUUAAAUUGUUUUUUUUUCCAAUACACUAGUUUCUUGAAAAAAAUAUAAUCAUUUGUCUUGAAUGUCUUAUUAGACCAAUCUUUAUGAACUUUUUGUUUGUUAAUGAAGUUUUUGAGGUAAUAUUUUUUGGAUUAUGAUUACUAGUGUGUAAGAAUUCCAUAGAAAAUAAUUUUUUUCAAAUUUCAAUAUCUUCUUAUAUUACUUAUAUAAAAUGCAGUAUCAAAAUAUAUUUUUGAUUUACAAUCAUAAAUCAUAAAAUUAGGAUUUAAACAGUACAGUCCCAGUUUUAAGUGCAUGUCCUGAUAUGCCUGUCAGUUAAUAGUAGCUGAGAGUAAACUUAUGUAUAACACUUUGUUGGAUGAAAAGGGUGGAUGAAUGAAUGAAAAAAUAAUAUGAGACCUGAUGGUCUGUUGAAUGGUCAUUUAAAGUAUCUCAAUUUGGGGAUUUUAAAAUCUGGCAACCCUUUAAUAUAAAUUAAUAUUUUAAAUACCUAUGGAUAGUAUUUUAGUUAAAAAUGGUUUUAUUAUAAGUAGUUACACAUUUUGUAAUUAAAUAUAAUUUAAUAACAAUAAUAUAUAUAAUUUUGUUUACAUUUUUUAAACUCUAAUAUGAAUAUUAUUAAUACAUUUUUUUUUUUGUGUAGGACAUGAUUGAAUUUAUUGAUUUGGGAAGUGACACAUUUCUUAGUCAAUUAUGCAUAGUAAUCACAUCAUUCAAUGAUAUGUUUAUUGAAAAUCUGUCAAAAAAGUAAUAUAUUAUAUUUAAAAAAAAAUAGUUUCAUAAAUAAUUUAUUUUAAAUUUAUAGUGAUGAAGAAACUGAUACAACAUUAAAUCAAUUAAAUAUUUUUGUCGAAGGUAAUAUGAUUCGAUAUUUAGAAAUAGUUCAAUGUUACAUCGAUAAAAACACUAGUGAUACAGCCAUUUUAGUUCGAGCUCUGGAUAGAUUUUUUAGAAAGCUUCAAGCAAUUGGAAAAUUGUUUUCAUACAAGGAUUUUACUUUGUAUGUUUUGAAAGUAAUGGAAAAAACUAGUAUUACUUAUUAAUGUAAUAUACUUAGGAAUGCUUUGGAAAUUAUAUCUUCUGCUGCCCGCCGUCAAACCAAAAUACAUUUGGCUAUGUUAAAAGCACAUUUCAAUGAUAAAUUAUCAACUGUACGUCAGUCAUUAGUUUCUUUACAAAAAUUAAAUGAUAAUGGAUUUGCAACAGAAUCUUUGACAUCAUUAACAUCAGAUAUAAUAGAAAAAGUUAAAGGAAUUUUACGAGAUAUUUCGGUAAGUUAUUUUUGAUAAUAAUUUAUUAACAAUUUUUCAAUUUUUACUAUAAUUAUACUAAUAUAUCAUCUUGGUACAAUAUUUACUUUGUUUCUAGACAUUUUUAGAACCAGAAGUAUCAUUUUCAACUAAAUAUGCUCUUCGAAAAUCUAUUAGUGUAGAUAAUGUACGUGAAGGACUUGUAGUGGGAUUUUUACAUUAUUUAUCGUCAGCUGCCCGUUCUUAUACUAUUUGUACACCUUGCCCACCUGCUUUUCUUUUUCUGAUCAUGACAAAAAUGUGUCUUGAGUAUCAAACUUCUGGCAUUAGUUAUUUAGUAAGUUAACACAUAGUAUCUCCAUACACAAAUAACAGAAUUUUAUUAUAAAAUUCAAUUGAGUUAAUUUAUAUUUUUUAGCUACAACUAGUAGAUGAAACUUACGAAAUCAAUAAAUAUUUUGAAAAAAAACCUAAGAACUCAUCACAACUUAGCUCUGAAGUUGAAUUGGCAUCAGAUAUGCAUUCUGCUGCUCAAGAGCUUGUAAAUUACUAUGUCCGCGUUGAAGGACUAGCCAUAUCACAGGUAUGAGAUGUGAGCUUAAUAAAUCUAUCUGGUAAAUUUUACCAAUGGUUUUUGACAUAAUACAUUUUUUUUACUAUUUAUAAAAUCAAAUUACCCUCUCUCUUUAAACUAGUAUAACUAUUUAAAUAACUUUAGGUACUUUUUAAUCUAUACAUAUUAAUAUUAAGUGAAUUUUAUGAAAAUUGUCAUUAGGCUAAUCUUUAGAUAUGUAUCACAUUCUCUAACACAUGGAAAAUUGUAUUUUUUAACAAAUUUUACUGAUAAAGAAAUAUUUAAAUUGCUAAAUAAUAUUAAAAUAUAUGAACUAAAACAACAAAUAACAAAUAUGAGUUGAAUAAAUCUAGUCUAAUAUUUUAAAAGUACAAUUUGUUAGUUAUUCACUUCUGAGAUUGUAUGUAGGGAGUAAACUCCAGAACUACUAGACUGAUUAUUCAAAUUUUGUUUUCGAUAGGUUUCUUAUGUUACCGUAAUGGUUAUAGGCUAAUCAGUUUUUCAUUUUUUUACAUUUUAAAUCCCUCCCACCCCAAAAAAAAAAAAUAAUAAUAAUAACGUAAUGAUUAUUUAAAAGUAUUGAAAUUAAAAUGCUGUUUUGUAUAUAUGUUGGUGGAGUAGCAUUCCACUACAUUCCAACUUAGUGAGUUUUUUUUUUUUUUUUCAAUUUUAUUACCUUUGUUUUAUUUUGGCUGCUUUUGAAUGUUUUUUUUAAAUAAAACAAGUAAAUAGUAAAAGUGAAAAAAAAAUAUAUUGUGUUUGGGAUUCAAACUCAAGACCACUAGAAUUGAAUAUAGUGUCAAUGCCACAGAACCAACAUCUAUAUAGUGCAGUACAGUUGUUAAUACAAAAGAUCUUGAAGGCUUCCCUAUCGAAUUUCUGAAUUCCUUUAACCUAUCUGGAUUCCCCCUCUCUAGAACUAAAAGUUGGAAAUCUUGUAAUUUUAUUACCAAGUCUCAGUUCUUUUAAUUUAUGAAAUAGAAUUAUAUUGCAAAUAAAGUUGAAGCAUAAUAUUAUUGACGCCGUUAUCAUUAAAGGUCUAGCUAUGUGGAAGGUAUCCCUUAAACCUCGUAUCACUACAAUUCCUACAAUGUUGCCUUUCUAAUAUAAAAGUUUGCAAUUCUCAGUUAAGCUCUUUUAUGCAAUGAUAAUUAAUAAAUUGCAAGGACAAACUUUAAAAUAUAUAGGAAUUGAUCUGAUUGUCUUUCGCAUGGUCAGAUGUAUUUUGGUCUUAUAAAGUCAGGGAUUCAAAAAAUCAACUAUAAAAAUUUAUUUACGCUGAAGUUUUAUCAACCUUAAUACUUUUUCUUUAAAAUAAAUAAUUAAACAAUAGUAGUUCUUAGUAUAUAUCUUACUUUAAAAAAUUAAUAAGUUAAAAAAAUUAAAUGCAAAGAUGUCAUGGGUAAGGAAAACUAGUCAAAUAAAUCACGUUCAAUUUUCAUAUUUAAACUCUUAACAUGACAUAAUGUGUAUUUUUAUUUUUAGAUGCUAAAAAAGUCAGUUGAAACCCGAGAUUGGCUUCACAGUUUAGAACCAAGAACAGUGCGUGCCGUUAUGAAACGAGUUGUGGAAGAAAUUACAUCUGUUGAUAGUCAAGUAGAAUUUAUAAUUAUUGUUAAUAAAUGGUAUAUCUUAAAUAAGUGUUUUAUGUAUAUUACAUGUUUUCAUAAUAUAUCAUCUUUUCAUAUUAUAUUUUUUGAAUUUUAAAUAGGGAUUAUUAUUAGAAAAUCAAAAGUUUUUUAUUUUCAUAAAAAUAUUGAAUGCUGGGAAGGGGAAAAAUAUUGUUAGUAAGAUCAAUUAAAAAUUCUAUAAUGCUUAAAUUAAAAUCAAUUUUAAUCAGAAUCCUUAUUGACAAUCCAUGUUAAAAUAAUCAUUUGUAUAGGGUAAUUUAGUUUAAGUCCUGUAGAAAACAAUAAAUUAUCAACAAAAUAGGAUUCUGCGUGUAAUGGCAAAGCUAUUGAUUUUAGAUUCUUAGCGGAGCGCAGAAUAUAUUGGUUUCACAAUGUUUAUUUUUUUUUUCUGCGAACAGUUUUUACCAGAAGUUUUGUUACGGUUUUUAAAUGUAGAACUUUUUCUAAAAUGAUAUUUGACUGGUGGUAUUUUAAGGAGGUAAUUUUUUGAUUUUCCCAGGGUUUUUCAUAAUAACUGAUUAUAAAUAUAACCUAAAUAAUUAUGUAUCCUACCUUACUAUAUAUAUUAUAUUGUGUAUAAUGUUGCAAUAAUAUUAAUUAAUUAAUGCUUAGGAACUCAGACACUUAAAUGGAUAUUGGUAUAUUAUUAUAGUGGUGUGGCUUUAAUUAUGUCCUGUAAUAUACUUAAAAUUGCAUAUAAUUUCUAGAGUAAAUUCAAAUUGUAAAGUAUCAAAUUACAUUAUAUCUAUUGCUUAUUACUAAUUUAUUAAGGUUGGUGAAUUAUUUGAAGAAGGUAUGAGAACAGACAGAAGUAGUGAUUCAAGCCGUAGGACCCAAUUGUCUAGACAUAUAAGAGCAUGGUCAUCUGGUGGUACAGCUACAAACACUCAAACAUUUUCUGCCAUUAAUCGAUUAUUCUCAGAACGCAUUGACAUAUUUUCACCUGUUCAAUUUUCAAGAGUUUCUAUUACAACAGGCAUAAUUAAAAUAAGUCUUAAGGUUUGAUUUUUUUUUUUUUUUUUUCUACUGUACAUUAAUCUUUUAUUUUAAUUUUUAGACACUUUUAGAGUGUGUUCGAUUAAGAACAUUUAAUCGUUUUGGGCUACAACAAGUUCAGGUUGAUAUCCAUUACUUGCAACUUUAUUUGUGGAGAUUCGUGUCUGAUGAAAAGUAUGAUAUUAAUGUAUUAUGUUUAAUUGCUGUCAUACCUAUUUUAUUAUUUUUUAUAAACUUAGGAACUAAAUUAAUAAAUGAUUUAUUAUGAGAUAAUUUAUAAAAGUAAAAUAUAAAGAAAUAAUACAAAUUAAUACUUACCAUAUCUUGAAAUACUUUUUCUAACAAUAAAAAAGUGAACAUAAAAUUUUGUUUUUAAUUUGAACUAAAUUUUCUUCUGAAAUAUGAGAACUAUAAAUAAUAUUACUACUAUUAUGUAAUAUUAAAAUGUACUUAUUAAUACAUUAAAAAUGAUUCAUAUAAUUUAUAUAAGUUAAGAAAAUAAAAAAAUUAAUUUUAACUAAAGUCAAUUUUAAGAUACCUAGUGCUAACUUGCGUAUAUUUUUUCCUUUCAUUCCUCUACCUAUAUUACUAACUAUUUAUAUAACAAGUCUAUCCUGUAAAUAAUGAAGCUAAUGAAGGCUGGCAUCCCUAAAUAAUUUUACUUUUAUCAAAUUUUAUUUUUGUUAUUUUAAUAAUUAUUUGUAUACUGUACUCGUUAAUUGAUCAUAAAUAAAUAAAUAUCUUAAUUUAAAAAAGCUUAAAAUAAUCAGAAAAAAUAUACAGUGAUAUAAAUUUAUUUUAUAUUAAAUACUGUCUUUAAAAAUUACUAUUGGAACAUAAAAAAAAAGUUUAAUAUAUUAUAUUUGAUCACCUAUUGAUUUUAUAACUUUCAUUUUUUUGUGUUUUGUAUUAUAAUUUUAUUAAAAUAAGGGUCACAUUUUAUACUUUUCAAGGUAUUUGUUUGUUAGUACCCUACCAAUACAUUUAAAUGUUUACUCUCAUCCCUCUUGUUUUUCAUCAACCUCACCACUGGUCUCUUAGCCACUAGCUACUUUUUAUUAGUAUUGAUCAUAUUGAAUCAUUUUCUCUACAUACAUUUUACAAAAUACAAUUCCAGAAAAUUUCAGUUGGUUCCACAGUGAAUUUUAUUUAUUAGGUCCAAUAAAUAUUUAAAGGUAAUUUUACGAAUAAUAGUAUAAUAAUUAUAUUAAUAUAACAUAAAAACAAAAGUUAGCAACAUACUCUAAAACACAUAAAUGUAAAUAUCUUGAUUAUUACUGAAAGCUAACAAAUAUCCAAAUAAUAUAAUACCUAAUUGUCAAAUUCUCAGUACCUAACUAAAAUAAAUUGAAUAUAACGGGUUAAUACCAAGAUAUUAACACAAAAGGUGACUAAUUACAUUAAAAUUAAAAAUACAAUUGAAAAUUAUUUUAAAAAAAAAAAAAAAAAAAAAAACUGGCAUUAAAGAUAAAUAAGUACUCAAAAAUAUAACUGUAAAAUAAAAAUAUGAAACAUAGACUAAUAAAACUUUCAUUUUCAUUUGUUGUACUUAUCUAAAUUUUUUUUCUUUGUAUUUGUUUAUCUUUCAUAUUCUAAAGUGAUGAUUGUCCAUUAAAUUCUUAUUUUCUCCAAUAUCCAUAUUUUUAUUUGUUUUACAUAAUUAUUUAUUUAUUUAUUUCAGUUUAGUACAUUUGUUGUUGGAUGAAAUAUUAAGCAGUUCUGUGCAUAGAUGUUUAAAUCCAAUAUUAAUGGAACCAAGUGUUGUUGAAAUUAUUUGUGAAAGAGGUUGA